CUGGGCUCCCUUCAUUUUAGCCACUUGAACAGACUCCGUGGAAUAUGGUCCGUAACUGGAAGGUGACUGUUGCGUGGGAGAACAAUUCCAAGCGAGAUUAGGAAAUAUCACCUGGUUGGUCCACUCGGCGAGUUUCGAUCGUCGAUGAGAAGAGAAGGGAGUACAGCAGAAUAAUGUCCACGUCUGUGGACGUUUAAGCGCGGGGUCAGUUCAUAGAAAAAACAAACAGGACGUUUUGGUGUGAUGGAGUGGCGAGAACAGUCCACGGUGAGCUGUCAGGACGCGUACGUGGAGGCUCAGAGGUGGAUCGAAGCAGUCACCAAGAAAACAUUUAAGGGCAAAGACUUCCGAUCGGCUCUGGAGAAUGGCGUUUUGCUGUGCGAUCUGAUCAACAAGAUCAAGCCUGGCAUCAUCAAGAGAGUCAACAGGCUGCCAACACCAAUAGCUGGUCUGGACAACAUUAACGUCUUCCGCAAGGCCUGCCUCAAGAUCGGACUCAAGGAGGCGCAGCUCUUUCACCCCGGAGACCUCCAGGACUUGUCGUCAAGAGUCACAGUCAAGGACGAAGAGACCGACCGGAGACUCAAAAAUGUGCUGAUAACACUUUACUGGCUUGGUAGAAAAGCUCAGGGCGAGCGUUCCUAUGAUGGACCUUACCUGAAUUUCAAGGCGUUUGAGGGAUUACUUGGCACAGCACUUCACAAGGCUCUACAAGAAUUGUCUGGUCAGAAAGGCAACAGCGUCCAAGACAGUGAUUUGGGAGAUAACUGGUAUUCAGAACGAGAGGAGCGUCACCAGUUAAGAGGAAGAGGAGGUGGACACAGGAGAGAGGAUUCGUUGGACAGUUUGGACUCUCUGGGCUCCCAGACGCUUAGCUUCUCAUCGGACGCCACACUGAAAGGCAGCAGCGAGGGUUGUUGCAGCGACGCCGAGGCCGACGCAGCUUUCAAGAUGUCCAACAACAAGGAGUCUCUUUCUUACCGCCGCUCCGUCACCCUCACACCGAAGGUCACCACACAGUUCAACCAAUUCCUGCCCACGAAAGACAAGGCCACAGGAUAUGUUCCCGCUCCUCUGAGGAAGAAACGGACCGAGCGCAACGAUGACAAUCGACGCAGCUGGGCCAAUCCUGUUUCCAUGGACGAAGAUGACUUACCGAUCACCAGACAACGGCAAGCAUCAGACAGUUUCGACGGGAGCAAAUCAACAAGUGACGUCAGUGAAGAACCUGUGUUGGUCAGACGGCUGUCUCAGUAUGAAGCUCUCGAGAAAUACCGCGAGCAGGUCAAGCAGAGCGAUGAUAAGUGGCAGGAUGACCUAAGCAAAUGGAAAAACCGACGUAAGAGUGUCAACUCUGACAUUGUUAAAAAGAAAGAAGAGCGGGAGAUGGUGGAACAGAUCACAUCCGGCGGCAGCACCCGAAAGUCCAAGACCUACAAAGAGAUGCAAGAUGAGAGGGAGAACAGGCGAAGCAGCAGCAUCGGCAGUCGCAUCGGGUCGCUCAGUUUUGACAAUGACAACGAUGUAUUUGAGAAACCGAAACCCCGUCCUCGAGACAGCAUAAGUAGGAGCUACACUGUGGAUACUUUUUAUCACUCAUCUGGCUCAUCCAAGUCUGCUCAGAAAGAGGACAAGCCCCCAGAGGUCCCGCUCAGGUCCACGAAGCAGGGGUCUGAUGUCGUAGAUGCUCCUGGCGUGACCACCGCUCGCGGUUCCUUUCACAGACUCAAACCUUCCGAAGCCACGUCCUCCCUCAGGAGUUCAGUCUUUGAAAGCACGACCACAACAGAGGAGAUCUCACGCCCUCCGAAAGCCUCACAAAAGGUGCCUGAGCCAAAGAGCCCAGUCAAGGUGCAGCCCCCAUCUUCUGCUGCCAUCUACAAACCAUCGCUGCAAAGCAAGACAGAAGCCAAUGCUGCAGCGGUUUCUCGGAUAUCCGCCUCCCUGCCUAGAAGCUACCAGAGAUCGGAUAGUGCUCGACUGUCAUCAGUCGUCACUCCGAGACCUUUCGGGACCCAGCUAUCCCGUGUAGGCUCACUUAACCGGACCGUCACAUCGUAUGAGUCCAACAGCCGUAUCAAUGGCAACGCUGCUAUUUCCAAAAACUCGUCGGUGCCGAGUCGCUAUCACCAGUUCAUGACCGCCGAAGAUGAGGCCGAGUCGCAGUCGAGCCCCAUCCAAAGCAGCGAGGAUGACGAUGACACUCCAGAGGAGACCACGGUGAAGAGUGUCACCUCCACGUCAAGCGUCUCAUCCCGCACAGUUGAGAUCAAAAGAGAAGUUUCAGCCACUGAACCCAGCAAGGAAAGUACGUGCGAGAUGCGGAUCAGCCUCAACCAGAAGCCCAACAGCAGUCGCGACUUUGGCUUUGAUGUGGCAUGGGACUCUAGCGGGGCUCACGUCAAGUCCAUCCAACCAGGCAGCCCAGCUGAAAUGUUCCAGUUGCAGGCUGGGGACGAGGUGCUGACAGUAAAUGGCCAACGGGUGGCAGACAUGGGCUACCUGGAUUGGAAGGCCAGCAUGGACCGGGCUCUGCAGGAGGGCAGUUUGGUGAUGGACAUAAGGCGUUAUGGCAAGAGCAACUGGGACAGAGAUCCGUCUUCCCCGCUAUUCAAAGGCUAUAAGACCAUCAAUCUGACCACUACGGAUCAUCCCAUACUUGUAGGUUUCUCUGAUGCCGGUGGUGCCAUGCUAGAUUUCACUUCGCUCACUGACACAUCUGCCAAGGCCGCCAGCCACUCUCUAGUAGAUGUGGCUUCCAACGGCAUCGGUGGUGGUUACCCCAAAGUGUCCAUGAUGACUCAAGAAUCAGAGCCCAUUUCUAUGAUAAACUUAAAACGGAGAUCAGAGUUUUUUGAAAAAGGAGCAGCAGACUCUGCCAUGCCAGAUAUACCCGUUCCUCCAAUCACUGCGUCUUCGACUCGUUGGUCUUGGGAUCCAGAAGAGGAGCGCAGGAGACAGGAGAAGUGGCAGAAGGAGCAGGAGCGCCAACUACAGGAGAAAUAUAAGCGUGACCAGGAGAAAUUGCAGGAGGAAUGGACAAAGGCCCAGCAGGAGAUCUCCAGCAGUUUCCCACAAUCCGAGCCUGUGGGCUCAACCCUCGCCUACCGGGAGCUGCAGCAGGAGCGAGAGAGGCUGGAGCUAGAGAGGAAGAGGAGGGAGGAGGAGGAGGAGCAGGAGCGCAUGAAGCUGGAGAUGGAGAGGAAGCUGAGAGAGGAGGAGUUUGAGCGCCAAAGGCAGGAGAUGAGGAGGCGGGAGGAAGAACUCGAACGAGAAAGACGGGAAAUAGAGAGGAAGAGGAGGGAGCAGGAGCAAGAGCUGGAGCGCCAAAGGCAGGAGAUGAGGAGGAGGGAGGAGGAGCUGGAGCGUCAAAGGCAGCAGGAGGUGGAGAAAAGGAGGAGGGAGGAAGAGCUUGAACGCCUGAAGCUAGAGGAGGAGAGGAGGAAGAAGGAAGCGGAGGAGGAGCGCCAAAGGCAGGCGGAAGAGGAGAGGAGGAGGAUCAGGGAGAAGGAGGAAGAGGAGGAGAGGAGGAAGAGGGAAGAGGAGGAGCUUCUGUGGGAGAGGAGGAGGGAGGCAGAGAAAGAGGAGCUGAGGAGGAGGCUGGCGGCUGCGGACGAGCAGCAGUGGCAAGAGAGACACAACAUCUUCGAGGAGCAGAGGGCUAAAUCGCUUGACAAUGAAGAAAGACUUCCGAGCAGCGGUGUGUUUGUGUAUCGGUCCAGCGCGGUCCACUGGUUGCUGGAGGAGCAGGCCAAGAACACACGCGACAAAGUGGCACACGGUCAAAGGGCCGUAAGCGAAUUGGAAAAGCAGAGGAGGAAUCUCCUCAAUGCCAAGAGAUACAGGGAGCCUGAGAGAGUGAUAGGCGGUGAUGUGGUCGACACAAAGUUUGCGCAGCCGCCAUCGCAGGCGGAGCUCCAACGCCAGCAGCUCCUGAACGACAUGAGGAAGAAAACUAACUUGCUGACGGACAGCAGCUGGAUCCGCCAACGAUCCGCCACCACUCCUGGCCACGACGACCUGCCAUCAACACGCAGGGGCGGCUCGCUUGACCACCUGGAUAAACCCGUCAACUCCUGGCGUUCGUCGUGGGCUCCCAGGAGCGAGUCUUAUAUUCCAAACUACUCCAGGCCUCACUCUGCCAUCUACGGCAGCGCUCCCCUUUUCGGCGGCGGGCCGCCGGGGGCGGGUUCCGGUGCAAGCUCCCUGCCCCCCUCCUUCCGGGGCCCGGCGGUGGGAACGACCCCUUGGUCUCGACAAUCGGCAUCCCCUUUGCCAUCUUCUGUGUCUCCCACCACCUCUUCAGAAUCUGGUCCUGACGCAGGGGGUCAGCGGCAGCGCAGCAGGUCAGUGAGCGGUAAGAAAGUGUGCACCUUGUGUGACACGGCGCUGGGAAAAGGAGCAGCCAUGAUCAUCGAGUCCCUUGGGCUCUGUUAUCAUUUGAACUGUUUUAAGUGCAUCGACUGCAAGUCGGUCCUCGGGGGAUCGGAAGCCGGGGCGGAAGUCCGAAUCCGAAACAAACAGCUCUACUGUAACUCCUGCUACAUGCGAUUCAAAACUGGCCAGCCCACGCCAAUGUGACUUGUGGGUCCUCCAGAAGAUCGACUAGGAGACCACGGGCAACAACAACCCGUGAUGCCCCCGCCUCACCUGGCGCCAAAUGGCCAACUUCUACAUCAUCAUUCUUGAGAUUUUAAUCAUUUGUGCUGUUUUUUUUUUCUUUUUAAGUGGGUAAGACCGGUGUGUGUUUUAUGUGCAAGAUGUGAAAUUUUACAGCUGUACAAAGGGUUCGUCUUCUGCAUGCAUUUGGUUACUGCGGGGAUGGGAAAAACCAAAGCCUGUGGGUUCAUAUGCAGCCAUGGUGAACGUUAAUUCUCUCAUAAAAAAUAUCGUAUUUUUUUCAUAAAUGCAGUUUGGCACUUGGAGAAAAAAAAUGCUCCUCAAUCUUACUACCACAUCUUCCUUUUAAUUAUUAUUUUUAUGAAAACUAGUCGUGUUCAGUUUUCAUCUGCCUACUUAUGUGCCUUUAUUUCUGCCACAGGGAAAAGUCAUUAGGACGACUAUUAUCGUUAUCUAAACUGUAUUUAAUAAGACGGAAUAUUACACGGGUUGUGAAGAAUAUAUAUGUGAUGAUGGCACAGAAAUUUGUAAAUAAAGACUUCAACGCUGAUCUUG